AUGAGCCCAUCUCGAGGCCUGUAUCCCUGCGGUCGCGCUCGCCGUCCACCUCGACUCGCUCUCGUCGCCCUCGGCCUCGUCCUCGUCGCACAAGCUCGCCUCGCCUCGGCCGCCGUGUCGAGCAGCGACCUCGUCGACUACCUCGGCGGCACAGCGACGGGCCAGUCGCUGGCGACGGUCGCGUACCAGCUCACGGUCGUCGCGAACGAGACGGCGGUGCUUGUGUCGCUCUCGGUCGACAAGGAGAUGGGCGAGGUCGGCUGGUUGGGCGUCGGGCGAGGGACGGCCAUGACAGACGCCGACAUCCUGAUUCUCUGGCCCAACGGCGACUCGACCUGGACGCUCUCGCACCGCACCGCCUCGUCGACCGUCAUGCCCGUCCUCGUCGGCUCGGCCUCGACCGACGACCCGUCGUCCGACUCGAGCGGCCAAGUGCGCGUCGUGCCCUCGCUCAGCAGCGCCGACAAGGCCGACAAGCCGUGCGUCGUCACGUUCGAGCGGCUCCUCGCGCUCGACGACGGCGACAAGUACGGCGGCAAGGUGGCUGGGCUCGAGAACAAGGCCAACCAGCCGUUCAUCUACGCAUACGGCGACACGAACCCGGGCGACUCGGCGCAGGACACGGACCUCAAGCAGCAUGCCUUGAGCGCUAUGGGCGGGACCUACGUCGACCUCUCCGCCAAUUUCGCCGCCGAAACGGCGCCCAUCGACCCGCCGUUGUCGCCCGUCGAGGUCGACGAGAGCGGCUCGAGCGGCGGGUCGGCUUCCUCCUCGACAAAGGGCACGACGGCGUCCGUCUCGGCAAGCCAAGGCAGUGGGUCGGCGAGUGGCACUGUGGGCGCGGGGGCAGCGGACGAGACGGGCACGGCGGCGACGGCGGCGGCGACGGGCGGAGCGGGAGAGGGCUCGAGCGGCGGGUCAUUGACCUCGUCGGGCGCGAGCACAAGCGACAGCGCCACUUCGUCGAGCUCGAGCCCGUCGUACAAGACGCUCAUCACGGUGCACGGCGUGUGCGCCGCAGCAGCCUGGGCCUUCUUUGCUCCUCUCGGCGCGCUAUACGCACGACUCGGUCGAGGGCCGAUGGGUCGGGUCCUCUUUCCGCUCCACUUCAAGCAGCAGGGCUUCGUCACUACGCCUCUUACGCUCACGGCGGUCGUGCUCGCGUUGUGGGCCGUCAAGGUUAAAGGAGGCGGCGGCCUGUCGUACCCGCACAAGACGGUCGGGUUCUGCCUCGUUGGCCUCCUUGUCGCGCAGGACCUGCUCGGCCUGUGGGCGCACCUGUCGCGCAGCGCUGCUUUGCGCGGCUCGAGCGGUCCGACUCCGCCACGAACGAUCCAGGGCUAUCUUCACAUCGUCCUCGGCGUCACGCUCGUCUGCACCGGGUUCUAUCAGGUCCACCUCGGCCUCGAGCGGUACGGCGUGUCGGACAAGGUCCUGCUCAACGCGUUCUACGGCGCUGCAGCCCUCUUUGCGCUCGUCUACUUCGGCUCAGCCGCUAUCGCCGUCGUCCAACGGCUGCUUACGCCGUCCUCGUCGCCGCCGCAUCGACCGCUGCGCCGCCGUCACCACCGCCCUUCCUCGUCCUCGCGCCGCCGCUCGGGCCCCUCGCCUCGCCCUCGCUCUCGCUCUUAUCGCGACACGAUCCACUCUCGGCACGGCGAGUCGAGCCAUCUCGGCACCUCGUCGUCGUCGACUGAUUCGGACGCCGGCUCCGACACGGAAAGAGCGUGAACGAGCGGGGCAAGUGACUCAAGCGGCGCCGGCGCCGGCGGCAGAGGACGGGGUCGCCGUCGCCACGGACGGCGGGCGAGCGGCAGCGACAGCUGGGAGAGCGACGACGAGGAUCGGGGCGCAGCUCGUCGCAGGAGCAGGGCAAGGAGGAGGAGCGAGCGUUGAAACGAGCCCUUUCACCUCCC